CUGUGUCCCCACCCAUUCCCUGCCCGAAAGUAUCGGGAUGUCACGGGGGCGGUGAACACAAACAAAGCUAAACAUGUAAAGUCUUGAAAAGCGUACCUGGAUUGGUACAAAGAGUGCAGUUUGUUUUCUAGGAGGGGGGAACUAAGGAAGGCACCUCCGUGCGCCAAGCACUGACGCGCGAAGUGUAUACGAAAACUGGGAGAAAGGAUAACUUACGUGAAACACAGAAGACAAGGAUUUCCCCCUGAGUGAACACUAAGGAAAACAUAUAACCUACGAACAGAUUGUUUUAAAGUCUUGUCUUUGUCAACGUGAAGUUCAAGUCAGGUAACGACAUUCGAGUUGGCAUCUGCACAAAUAAUUUAUUGACGCCCAAGGUUCCCUCCACCUCGAGCAUCCCGGGACGGUACCGUCUCGCCAUGACAGAGCCGGACGUGCCCCCCACCGGCGUGGCCGGGGGGGGGGGCGAGGUCCCGGCGGAGAACGACGCCUCCUUCCCGCUGUCCUCGCUCGCCAACCUCUUCGAGAGCGAGGAGACUCCCCCGUCCGCCGCCGCCGCCGCCCCCCAGCCCCCCCCCAGGCCCGGGGAGAACCGGCAGAACCUCCGCAUGAAGUUCCAGGGGGCCUUCAAGAAGGGGCCGUCGAACUCGACGGACCCCCUGGAGUCCUCCAGCUACGAGUCGCCCGUGGUGAUCGGCCCCAAGAAGGCGCCCAUGGACUCGCUCUUCGACUACGGCACCUACCGCCAGCCGGCCAAUCAGAAGCGCAAGAGGAAGAUGCUGCCUCGGGGUAAGACGGAGGUCGAGCCGGAUAGGAGCGUGACCCCCGACCCCCCGAAGGUGCUGAAGGUGUUUAAUCGCGCCAUCCUCUUCAGCGCGGUGUCCCGGGGCGACGCCCGGGCCCUGGAGGGGCUGCUCGAGUACCUCCUGGGCACGGACAAGAGGCUGACGGACGAGGAGUUCAAAGAGCCCUCCACGGGGAAGACCUGCCUGCCCAAAGCGCUGCUCAACCUGUUCGGCGGUCGGAACGACACCAUCCCCUUCCUGAUCGACGUAGCCGAGCGGACGGGCAACCUGCGGGAGUUUGUCAACACGCCCUUCCGGGACGUCUACUACCGGGGUCAGACAGCGCUGCACAUAGCCAUAGAGAGGCGCUGUAAGCACUACGUGGAGCUCCUGGUGGAGAAGGGGGCCGACGUUCACGCUCAGGCUCGAGGGCGCUUCUUCCAGCCCAAAGACGAGGGCGGCUACUUCUACUUCGGCGAGCUGCCGCUGUCGCUGGCGGCCUGCACCAACCAGCCAGACAUGGUGCACUACCUGACGGAGAACGGGCACAAGGCGGCGGACCUGCGGCGGCAGGACUCGCGGGGCAACACGGCGCUGCACGCGCUGGUGCACAUCGCUGACAACACGCGCGAGAACACGCGCUUCCUCACCAAGAUGUACGACCUGCUGCUGGUCAAGUGCGCCCGGCUGCACCCCGACUGCAGCCUGGAGGACGUGCUCGACAGCGACGGCAUGUCCCCGCUCAUGAUGGCCGCCAAGCUGGGCAAGAUCGGGGUGUUCCAGCACAUCAUUCGCCGGGAGAUCAAGGACGAGGACACCCGUCACCUGUCCCGCAAGUUUAAGGACUGGGCGUACGGACCGGUCUACUCCUCUCUGUAUGACCUCUCCUCCGUGGACACCUGUGGGGAGGAGGUGUCCGUGCUGGAGAUCCUGGUGUACAACAGCCGCAUCGAGAAUCGACACGAGAUGCUGGCGGUGGAGCCAAUCAACGAGCUCCUGCGGGCCAAGUGGCAGAAGUUUGCGGCGGCCACCUUCUACAUCAGCGUGGUGUCUUACCUGGCCACCAUGAUCAUCUUCACCCUGGUGGCCUACUACCGGCCCUCCGGGGGAAAGCUGCCCUACACCUACAUCACCUCCACGGACUACCUGCGCUUGACUGGAGAAGUUGUGACGCUGUUCUCAGGAAUUUUCUUCUUCAUCACCAAUAUUAAGGAUCUUUUCCUGAAGAAAUGUCCGGGAGUGAACUCUUUAUUCAUCGACGGCUCCUUUCAACUGCUCUACUUCGUGUACUCGGUGCUGGUGCUGGUCACCGCGGCGCUGUACCUGUCCGGGAUCGAGGCCUACCUGUGCGUGAUGGUGUUCGCCCUGGUGCUGGGCUGGAUGAACACCCUCUACUUCACCAGGGGCCUGAAGCUGACGGGAACCUACAGCAUCAUGAUUCAGAAGAUUCUGUUCAAGGACCUGUUCCGGUUCCUGCUGGUCUACGUGCUCUUCAUGAUCGGGUACGCCUCAGCUCUGGCGUCCCUCCUGCCCGCCUGUCCCGGGCCAGGUGAACCGUGCCCCCCCGCGGGCUGCCCCACCUACCCGGAGUGCCGCGACACGCAGACCUUCAGCCGCUUCCUGCUGAACCUGUUCAAGCUGACCAUCGGCAUGGGCGACCUGGACAUGGUGGAGAACACCCGGUACCCCGUGGUCUUCCUCAUCCUGCAGGUCACCUACAUCAUCCUCACCUUCGUGCUGCUGCUCAACAUGCUGAUCGCCCUGAUGGGGGAGACGGUGGACCAGGUCUCCAAGGAGAGCAAGAAGAUCUGGAAGCUGCAGUGGGCUACAACCAUCUUGGACAUCGAGCGCUCCUUCCCCGUGUGUCUGCGCAAGUCUUUCCGAGCGGGAGAGAUGGUCACGGUGGGCAAGAACUGGGAUGGGACACCUGAUCGCAGGUGGUGCUUCAGGGUGGAUGAGGUCAACUGGUCCCACUGGAACCAGAACCUGGGCAUCAUAAACGAGGACCCGGGCAAGAACGAGACGUACCAGCAGGGCAUCCAGCAGACCGCGCGGGGGCUGAGGAGAGACCGCUGGUCCACGGUGGUCCCGCGGGUGGUGGAGCUGAAUAAGAGCCCCCCCCCGGGGGACAUGGUGGUGGAGAUGGAGCCCCUGCACCCGGGACACAGGGAACGGCCCAACAGCUUGGGCCAGCACUGAGGCAGCCGAGCCAAUGAGGGGCCGCGAUCCACCAGGGACUGACACGCGAUUGGACAGGACACCGACU